AUGGUUCCUCGGCUGCAGAUCCAGUCUACUGAAGAAAUGGAUUACUACCGACAAAAUGAACUCCCCGAGACGGUCAAGCGUUACAAGACCUACACCGACCAAUUCCAAGCGUGGUUGCUCCAGACAGCCUUCCAACGUGGCGUGGAGAUUGCAAAUGUGGUUGCAGACCAGGCUAAGAAGAAAAAGAACAAGAAGGGCUACAGAAUACCGCUACAAAAACAGGAGCAGCUCGUCAACGCCAUAGCCGCUACGAGCAUUCCGCUCGCGGACACCAGUGGUAUCGACGACCUGGGAGACGCUAUCCGGUCAAGGAAGGAGGUAACGCAAUAUCACAAACACAAUAACACGGCGGACCUGGGUCAUGAAUACUUCAAUGGCAGCUUAGAAGCGCUCAUGGCGGUGCUGAAGGAUCUUGUCCCCGGUAUCAAUAAGGCUCGAAACGGCAAGACUGACACGCCUACCCUUGUCUUCAUCCAGUUUCCUGCCGAGUCCAACAAAAGCCAAGACGAACAGGACGAUUUACUUGAGAAGAUGCGGAAGCGGGACCAGGUUGACAUGGAUGAUGGCAGCCAGCAGCAGCAGCCUCUGACUUCCAAGACGAAGACGAAGGCGCCGAUACCAGAGGAGAACCUGCUGACUGCAGAGGAGGAACAGUUGCGCCGUGACUUUCUUGUACUCUGCUUCCUCUACAAGUUCAACCGCAUACGGGCUGUCGUCUACGACGUGUGGGUCGCUUACCAUGAGGGCCAUGUCAAUGCGAUGACCGCAGCGCUAGUGACCGACCUAGCCCAGGGUAAGUGUCUCUGUACAAAUUGCAUGUGA